AUGAUGGGCUGUGUGGGAGCAGAAGGAUUGAAUUUAGAGGGUAUAUGUCCUGAUAUCAUCAAAGACCCUACUUCCUUAGAACAAGUCUUACUCUGCAAAUCCAGAGACGAAAGAGAUGGAAUAUAUGGCGCAUUAUGGAAUGCAUGUGCUGGACCCUCCGUUAAAAUUCCACGUAUAGGAGAGAAAGUUUUUUAUUUCCCACAAGGUCACUUAGAACAGGUCGAAGCAUAUACAAAUCAACGAACCAGUUCUCAAAUGCCUGUUUAUGAUCUACCAUCAAAGAUUCUCUGCAGAGUUAUAUAUGUACAACUUAAGGCUGAAAUGGAAUCAGAUGAAGUGUUUGCUCAAGUGACACUAGUUCCGGACUCGAAGCAAGAUGAACCUGGAAUAAACAAAGAGAAACUUCUUUUUCCUCCUAAGAACACUAAAGUUUACUCCUUUUGCAAGAUACUUACUCCAUCUGAUACAAGUACUCAUGGAGGAUUUUCGGUUCUUAGACGACAUGCUAAUGAAUGUCUUCCACCUUUGGACAUGAGCCAGCAACCACCAUGUCAAGAGUUGGUGGCAAAAGAUUUGCAUGGGGUAGAAUGGCGCUUCCGCCAUAUUUAUCGUGGUCAACCCAAGAGGCACUUGCUUACAAGUGGUUGGAGUACAUUUGUGAACUCAAAGAAACUUGUUGCUGGUGAUACCUUUAUUUUCAUAAGGGCAGAAGAUGGGGAGCUUCGCGUUGGGUUUCGCCGUGCUUCAAGUAAGAUGCAAAGUUAUCCAUCAACAUCAGUCAUAAGCAGUCACACCAUGCAGCUUGGCAUACUCGCAACUGCUUCGCAUGCACUUUCAACUGGAUCCAUGUUCAGUGUUUACUAUCGUCCAAGGACAAGCCCAUCAGAGUUCUUGAUCCCAUAUAAGCAAUACAUGAAUAGCGUAAGAAGCAGUUUUGCAGUUGGGACUAGAUUUAAAAUGAGGAUUGACAGGGAAGAAGCUCCAGAAGAAAGACCUUCAGGCACCUUAGUUGGUAUCGAAGAGGAUGAUCCUGUUCACUGGCCCUGCUCGCAAUGGAAAUGUCUCGUCGCUCAUUGGGAUGAACCAUCUUCCUCCGUGCCACGUCCACUUCGGAUUUCUCCAUGGAUGAUUGAACCACUUUCAGCUGCGACUAACAUGCAACAGGUUCAAUCCCGAACAAAGAGACUUAGAACCAGUCAAGCAUCACCAGAUGAAUCAUCUACACUGUGCAAUGAUGGUUAG